GCUUGUACUUUAGCUAAUUAUGGCUGAGAUGUACCAGAUCUAAUCUAUAAGCGAAUUAAUUAAUUAAUUAAGCUGUAUGCCCAGUCGUGCUUUCAAUAUUCAGGUUUAAGGUCAGUCAGGCUUCACCCCUCCACCACCACCACCUCCCCCUCUUUCUGUGUCUACGUCUCUCCCGCUGCCGUUCAACGCUCGCUGCUGUCUCCACACUCCUGUUCACAGUGAACGGUGAAACUCCACGGAGCAGCCUGCGAGCCUCAGCCACAGAAACUCGGCUUAUUCCAACUUUGCCGCCAGUUCCGAGCGUGUCUGGGCGAACACGGUUUGGUAGCACGGCAAAUUAGCCGACAGUGAGUCAUACACACCGCGGUCGGAACUUGAAAUAUGACUAUUAUGAAAAUGGGGGGAAAGUCUUAGCUUGCUUACUGAAGUUGGAGGCUCUCCUUGUGGAAGAGGAAGAGGUGGCGGCGGACACCACGAGUUCACUCUCACAGUAAAAAGGAGUGAGCUCAGCCUUCCAGGAUACCUCCUCCCUUUCAUCAGGCUAAGAUGAGUAUUACCAGUGACGAAGUGAAUUUCUUGGUCUACAGAUACCUCCAAGAGUCAGGUUUCUCCCACUCAGCAUUCACCUUUGGCAUUGAGAGCCACAUCAGCCAGUCGAACAUCAAUGGAACACUAGUGCCCCCUGCAGCCCUUAUCUCCAUCCUACAGAAAGGGCUUCAGUAUGUGGAGGCAGAAAUCAGCAUUAAUGAGGAUGGCACCGUAUUCGAUGGUCGACCCAUUGAAUCGCUGUCGCUCAUUGAUGCAGUGAUGCCAGAUGUGGUGCAGACUCGGCAGCAGGCCUUCCGUGACAAACUAGUCCAGCAACAGGCUGCCUGCACUAUAUCGGCUUCAACCUCUGGACAUCAGUCAAACACACCAAAGAACGGAGAAGCCACUGUUAAUGGAGAGGAGAACGGUACUCACAACAUGAAUAACCACAGUGAGCCCAUGGAGAUGGAUGUUGAUGUUGAGAUACCAGCCAGUAAAGCCACAGUGCUCCGAGGCCACGAGUCUGAAGUGUUCAUCUGUGCCUGGAACCCUGUCAGCGAUCUGCUGGCUUCAGGCUCGGGCGACUCCACCGCCCGGAUCUGGAACCUAAACGAGAACAAUAACUCCAACUCCACCCAGCUAGUACUUCGCCACUGUAUCCGAGAAGGCGGCCAGGAUGUUCCCAGCAACAAAGACGUCACCUCACUAGACUGGAAUAGCGAUGGGACUCUGCUGGCAACGGGCUCUUAUGAUGGAUUCGCCAGGAUAUGGACAAAGGACGGAAAUCUGGCCAGCACAUUGGGACAGCACAAAGGACCCAUAUUUGCACUCAAAUGGAACAAGAAGGGGAACUGUAUUCUCAGCGCUGGUGUAGAUAAGACGACAAUCAUUUGGGAUGCACACACAGGGGAAGCCAAGCAGCAGUUCCCUUUUCACUCAGCCCCGGCUCUGGAUGUUGACUGGCAGAACAACACCACGUUUGCCUCCUGCAGCACUGACAUGUGCAUCCAUGUAUGUCGCCUUGGCAGCGACCGGCCCCUCAAGACCUUCCAGGGCCACACGAAUGAAGUUAAUGCCAUUAAGUGGGAUCCAUCAGGUAUGCUGCUUGCCUCCUGCUCAGAUGACAUGACCUUAAAGAUUUGGAGUAUGAAGCAGGAGUCCUGUGUCCACGACCUCCAGGCUCACAGUAAAGAAAUCUACACUAUCAAGUGGAGCCCCACAGGGCCCAGCACAAGCAACCCAAACGCCAACAUCAUGCUUGCCAGUGCAUCUUUUGACUCAACGGUGCGUCUGUGGGAUGUCGAACGAGGUGUUUGCAUUCACACACUGACCAAGCACCAGGAGCCCGUCUACAGUGUGGCCUUCAGCCCCGAUGGCAAACACCUCGCUAGCGGCUCUUUUGAUAAAUGUGUCCACAUUUGGAACACCACGACUGGGGCCUUGGUGCACAGCUACAGGGGUACUGGUGGCAUUUUUGAGGUGUGCUGGAACAGCACUGGGGAUAAAGUUGGGGCCAGUGCCUCAGAUGGCUCGGUUUGUGUUCUUGAUCUUCGGAAGUAGCUGCCUGAAGUUAUGUCGAUGAAUCCUGGAAUGUGCAGAAAUUGCCUUCUUCUGACAUCAGCAACACUCUUCUUGCUGAAGAAGUACUGUAAAGGUGCACUGAAACAAACCCCUCGCAGGAGUUAAACCAGAUGGCGGCAGCGGCUUGAACACCACCUGAAAUCAGUGCACCUUACAGUUUGUUGAUGUGUGUUUUAUGAUAAGCCUGAGAUGAGAUGGAAACUGGCUCAGAAAUCCCCAAGACAGGACUCAACUCCCUUGGCACAUCCAUGUAUUAAAAGGUUUCUAAUAAGGACGUACUGUGAUCCCCGCGGGCCACGCAUCCUGCUGUUAUCGGGUUGUGAAAGUGGAAAAACAAAGAUGAGCUAAGUUUUAUAAAGAGAGAUGUGAUAAUG